AUGUCGUCUACAGCCUCCGAGAAGGGCGACCACCUCGGCGCCACACUUGCCGAAGAAACCCCUGACAAAAGCGCUGGACAGAUGAUUCAAUCGAACGAUCGCGAGGUUUUCUCUGAAUCCGCAGAAGUCGACUUCCGCACGGUGUCGUGGCAAUGGGCCACUAUAAUCUUCCUCAAAACCGUCUUCGCAACCGGCGUAUUAUCAAUUCCAAUUGCGAUGUCAAACCUGGGAGCUAUUGGAGGCAGUUUGAGUAUCGUCGGAUGGGGCCUACUUAAUACCUACACCGCCAUGAUCCAGGGGGACUUUCGACUCAAUCAUCCAAACUGCCACAGUAUCGCCGACAUGGCUGGAGAGGUCGGCGGCGUUGUUGCGCAAGAGGUUACAGGGUUCAUGUUCAUUCUGGCAUACGUCAUUGCUACUGGAUCUGGGAUUGUUGGGGCUUCCAUCGGCCUAGAUGUCCUCUCCGACCAUGCGGCCUGUACAGUGUGGUGGUCAUUUCUAGCGACUGUGGUCAUCGCCGCGGCAGCGUCGGUCCGCAAGUUCCAGCAUCUCAGCUGGCUCACCUGGGUGGGCUUUAUUAGCAUCUUCACUGCGGUAUUUAUCGUCGCAGUAGCGGUCACCACGCGGGGCCGACCAGCAGCCGCCCCAGCUGUUGGUGAAUUUGACUUGGGGUAUCAAGCCCUGCCGCAUCCUAUCCCCACUUUUGCAGCGGGCAUGGCCGCUUCCUGUACAAUCUUCGCGUCGUUCGCCGGGACCAGUGCCUUCCUUCCGGUUAUCAGUGAGAUGAAAAAGCCGCGCGACUAUCGCAAAGCGCUAUUCCUCUGCAUGACGUUUAUUAUUGCUUCCUAUCUUUCGCUCUCUCUGGUCAUCUACAGAUGGUGCGGGACAUGGGUGGCCUCACCCUCGCUCGGCUCGGCAGGCCACACUGUGGAAAUGGUUGCCUAUGGAAUUGGGCUCGCUGGCAUAAUGGUGAGUGCCUGUUUGUACUUGCAUGUGACAGCCAAGUACUGCUUUGUUCGUCUUCUUCGGAACACAACGCACAUCCAACGAAAUACGGUGACACAUUGGGCGACGUGGAUUGGAUUGGUCAUUGGACUGGCGGCAAUCUCUUUUAUUCUGGCCGAAGCCAUUCAAAUUUUCAACUACCUUAUCGCACUGGUGGGUAGUCUUUGUUUUGCGCCUCUUGCAGUAUCGCUGCCUGGGUGGCUUUGGAUAGCUGACCACAAAUCUUGGAUGAGGGGGUCGAUGACACAGCGCUUGGCUUUCGGAGCACAUAUCUUUCUUAUUCUGCUGGGCUUAUUUAUGCUCUGCGGUGGAACGUAUGGCGUGGUCGACGAAAUUAUCAAUGCUUAUAGCAACGGCUCAAUAGGGCGUGUUUUUGGGUGCAAUAAUACUUGA